CCAAUAAGUAAAUAAUUAUACAAUUUAUCAAUAUUAAUAAAUAUUAGUAUAUAUCUGCAUAUAUACAACAUUUUUGGCAUCCUGUUUCAGUUUCAUUAAUUUAAAAGUUCAUCUAACCAGAAUACAAACCCUCUUUGCUUUGCAAUCAGCUUAUUAUAAAACUAUGAUUCCUAUUGAUUUUAUGCUGCUUCUUUAUCGGAAUCUUGUAUUGUAUAAUCAAUCAAGUGGCAAGGUUUAUGUAAAGGCUAGUAAAGUCCAUCUUCCCCUGGUCUCGUCAAUGGACUUUGGGGUGCGACUUCUAUUUUUAGUGUACAUAGUCUCAUAAGAAAACAAGUAAAUACAUUUGUGAGUAUGUUCUGAUUGUUCACUUCUACGAUCAUCACGUUCCACCACUGAAAUUACAUUUUUUUUUUAUGUUGAAUGAAUUUUGCUAUUUGUGAACCUCUUUGUAAACUAUGACUUCUGCAGGGGAAUUUGUUCAGGAACAUGGGAUGUAACUUGUUUCAUUGAGCAUCUCUGUGUCUCCAAUCUGGCAAAAUUGUUGAUGGUUUUGGGGCUUUGCUAUAUAACUUUAUUGUUCUUCUACCUCUUGUUCAAGUUGGGGAUCUGCCAAUGCAUGGUAAAGAGUCUUUGUAAGAUGUGUUGGGCUGCAUGUGAGACAUACUGGUUCUCCUUGGAAGAUAUUACCUGUUUUUUAUGGCACAAGCUAAAGAAUGUCAAGCGGGUAAAUCGGCGUCGCCACCGUCACCGUCACUUUCGAGAUGUUGAGGGUGGUUAUAGCUCAAGUGGUGGAGGAGGUGAGUCUUUUGGUGAUGACACGAGUUUAAGGAUGAUUAGAAACAAUAAAUUAACGAGGCGUGGAAGAAAGAAUAGAUCACGAAGCUCAGCUAGUUUUUCUAGAGGUGGACAUGUCAAUCAUAGUGGCCGUCACCAUAACCACUUGAGGUUGAAGAGUAAGCAAGUGUCUGUUCAUGUUAAGGGCAGGUCUCACAGAUUAAAGAACUUAAGACAGCUUCAAGCAAGGCAGGUGAGUAAUCUUCGAAGAGAGGCUGCAUUGUACAAGAAGAGAAGUCUCAGGUGAUUGAUCAUCUUAAUCAUCCGAGUUUGUUUGUAUGAACUGUACAUGCCUUGGGUAGAAUUGGGGGCUCCUUUCACCUGUGAAAUUUGUGCCUUGGAAUAUUAAAUGAAUGCAAAAGUAAUCUUGUUGAAUGUAUAAUAGAGAAGAUACAUGAUCAUUUGUAUUUAGAAAAGGGGAAGGUUUCUCUUCAUUUCAUGUUGGUUUUUUGGCCAAUCGUUUCGUUGUGUUUUUUUUU